AUGCUUCAGAGUGGCGCAGCCAUCACUACCUACCGAGUUGAGCAAUCCUUUACAUGCCAAUCCGUCGGCAACGGAGAUUUCUCUGUCAUGCCUCAUGGUUACGAAGGCUCUUACUCCGUCGCCAAGCAUAACUUGUCUGGAUCUCCUCCCCUCGCAAUCUUCGUAGUCAAUAAGACCAGGUCUACUUAUACGAUCACUCCCGGCUUUGCGUCGGGCUCUGGUACACCCAAGUAUAUUGUCAACAAGUCUGCUUUCGGAUAUCAAGUGCAAAUGGCUCAUGACGCUCCAUCCUACAGCGGAGAGGCAGUAAACUGCGCUGAAGCCCUCAUUGCCUCCGAUGUUGGUAUUCUGUUGGGCGAAAUUGAUCAGGACGAAGAGUGGAAUGGUGUUUCUUCUUCUAGGGGUAACCUCUUCACCAGCUCCGGUACCCGCAAUCACUUUACUGCCCCAGGUGGAGGCCUACCUCCGCAUAUCCAAGCCCGUAUCACUACAAGAAGGGAAAAAACGCUGGGGAGGACACUUCCACAAAAACCAGACAAGAAAGAGAUCUAUAACGUCACAAUGAUGAUGCAGAUGAUCUCCCGUCGCAACACCCAAACCGACAGCAUAACUGGUCAAGAGAUCACCAAAUAUCUUGUGCAGCAAAAUUUCGAGUGCAGACCGACGGACGAGAACAAUUUCGCGCUCGAAGUCUACGAUCGCGGUAGCCAGCAGCGCACAUCCAUAUUCGUUGUCCGCAAGGAGAAUAGGAAUGGCUACACUGUGAGCAAGCGAAACGCGUCUAGCGCCUAUCACUGUAGCACUUUCUCUGUCCGCAAGAGACCCACUUCUUGCUUGGUCACUCCGGGGUUUGGCUCAUGCUCAGAGAGUCCUAUCAAGUACCUUGUCUCGCAGUCUCUCUCCGGAUACGAAGUCGCUGCGAUUCGAAAUGAAUCCAGCCCAUCUUUAAGCAGUCAGGAAGAUGAAUACCACGUCGAAGCACUCAAUGCUUUCGACGUAGGCGUCUUCUUGUGCGAGUUGAACUGA